GCGCAGACAGGCGCGCGCGGGCUGUCAUGGGACUGCAGCAUGGCGGUGUUUGCAGACUUGGACUUGCGGGUUGGUUCGGACCUCAAGGCUCUGCGAGGGCUCGUGGAGACCGCUGCUCACCUUGGCUAUUCAGUUGUUGCUAUCAAUCAUGUUGUUGACUUUAAGGAAAAGAAACAGGAAAUUGAAAAACCUGUAGCUGUCUCUGAACUUUUCACAACUUUGCCAGUUGUACAGGGAAAAUCAAGACCAAUUAAAAUUUUAACUAGAUUGACGAUUAUUGUUUCGGAUCCCUCACACUGCAAUGUUUUGAGAGCAACUUCUUCAAGGGUCCGGCUCUAUGAUAUUGUUGCAGUGUUUCCAAAGACAGAAAAACUUUUUCAUGUUGCUUGCACACAUUUAGAUGUGGAUUUAGUCUGUAUAACUGUAACAGAGAAGCUACCGUUUUACUUCAAAAGACCACCUAUUAAUGUGGCAAUUGACCGAGGCCUGGGCUUUGAACUUGUCUAUAGCCCUGCUAUCAAAGACUCCACAAUGAGAAGGUACACAAUUUCCAAUGCUCUCAAUUUGAUGCAGGUCUGCAAAGGAAAGAAUGUAAUUAUAUCUAGUGCUGCAGAAAGGUCUUUAGAAAUAAGGGGACCAUACGAUGUGGCAAACUUAGGGUUGCUGUUUGGGCUGUCUGAAAGUGAUGCCAAGGCUGCGGUGUCCACCAACUGCAGAGCAGCACUUCUCCAUGGAGAAACUAGAAAAACUGCUUUUGGAAUCAUUUCUACAGUGAAGAAACCUCGGCCAUCAGAAGGGGAUGAUGAUUCUCUUCCAGCUUGCAAGAAAGCCAAGUAGUGUCAUCCUGAACUGAUGGAAAUCACCUUACACAGAGAUGCCUGGAAAGUUUUGUCCCCUCUGAGGUUGGCCAAUCGCCAGUGACUGAUGCAGGACAUUACAGCCCAACCUUCUGACCGCGGUGGGGCAAUUCAUGCUCCUGAGCUCCCAUGGGAUUAGGCUGAGGAUGGAUUUCUCCUGAAGCCACAACUUUGCCUCUUUUCUUCUGCCCUGCUCUGUUUCCCUUGUUCCCUCUCAAUGAAUCACUUGCACAAGAAUCCUCAUUUCAAGUGCUGCUUCCAGGGGGCUUGACUGAAUAAAAAAAUGGGCAAAUAAGUUGAUCCAAAAAACAAAAUGUCCAGUAAACAUAAAGAUACUGAACCUUGCUUGUCACUAGGGGAAAAACAUCAAAAAUAUAUCUUUGUUUUGUUGGUCAGGUUGAAAAAUAAAAGAAAAAGAUUUAUAAGACUAGUAUUUUGAAGGUUGUGGGGAAAGGCAGUAACGUAUUGUGGAAGGGGAUAUAAUUUGAUAUCGACCUUAUAGAUAAUUCUGUAAAUUUAUUCUUCAUAAAUAACUGGUUAGGUAUAAAGGGUACAUGGAUAAGGAUAUUCACUGCAAUCAUGUCUAAAUGUGAAAAUGGAAACAACCUAAAUAUACAAUAAUGACAGGAUUAAAUAAUCCAUUACACAUUGAAACAAAACAAUACCAUGUAUAAAGACGUCUAGAAUAAGUUGCUUGAUUGAAAAAGUUAUAAAACUACACAGUACCCAUGCAUAAUGUGCACAGAAAUAAUCAGAAUGGAUACCAUGACAUUGUGAUUACUGGUGAUGUUUGCUUCCUUUGUUAUUUCUAUAAUAUAUCAGCUCAAUGUUUAAUGAGUAUUGCUUGUUCAAAAGGAGAGGGGAAACUUUUUCAUUGUGGGGGACAGUACAGUAGAUGUUAUAACCGGAAAAAAUGAAGUACAGUGGGAGCACACUUGGGGGGAACUAACGAAAUCUAAUGGCUCCAGAAUGGCUUCCCAGAGGAAAUGCAGCUAGACCAAGGGGGAGGGAGGAGGAGAAGUUAUGCAAUGCAGUGGGGUGGGCUGGGGCGGGAAGGAGAGCCUGCCAGGGAGCUGGCACAGUGUGUGAAAACAGAAAAGCAAGUGCAGGGAUUUUUAAGGAGCUAAAAAUUCAGUAGAGUUGAAAUUUAGAGUUUGGCUAGGAAAGUAAGAAGAGACAAGAAUAAAGAGUUAACAGCAGCCAGAUUUUAAGGCUUUUAUAAGACUUUUUAAGGAGCUUUGAUUUCAUCCAGAGGGAAAUGGGAAGCCAUUGAAGGGAUAGAAAGAGGAGAGUGACUUGACCAGAUUUGCAUUUUAGAAAAAUCACUGUGUCUGCAACUUGAAAAACAGACUGGAGGUAAGCAAGCCUGGAGGCCGGGAGCCCAGGGAGGGCUGUUUGGGAAUCCAGAGAGAAGUGAGGUGAUCUCAACGAGCGGGGAGGCACCUAGCAUGGGAGGACAUGGACAGAUUACAGGGCUACCAUAGGUAGUACAUUUGGCAGGACUUGGUGGUUGAUGGAAAGGGAUAGGUGGGAGAAGGUCAAGAACAACUUCCAGGAUUCUCCACUGGCCCCCACCAAGAGAG